AUGGCCUUUGUUGGCUGUUAUAUUUCUGACUCGUUUCAUUUUGGUGAGUUAGUAUUGAAUUUACAGUGCCGAUUAGGCCUUUUGGGCUUCCCUCCCAAAGAUUUGUAUUACCGCUUCCUUUCACAAUUCACUCCGGUAUUCUACAUUAGAAUCAGAGAGUAUUCAAAGACAGUUGCAAUAGCACCUUAUAUUGUCAAUUACAGUGGAGCAGUGUUCCGCCAGUAUCCAAGUCCUUGGCAGGUGAUGCUUAAGCAAGCAGAUGGUUCUUACGCUUGCAUAGCAGAAAGCGCAACCCGCUUCACCCUUGGUGAAGCAAGCACAUGGUGGGAAGAAGAUUUUGAUUUGGAAGCAUCUUCUGCAUGGAGGAGCUGA